CGAUAUUUCUAGGCGGGCUCUUCGUGAAGACCCAGGUGUUGGGACAACAUCCACAGGCUGCCAAGUUCUUAUCACCACAGCGUUACAACACAUCAGCAUUACCUGUUGCCGAGCCAUUUUGAACGCAGUUAUCGACAGGCAGACAGUGCAGCUCUGUCGGCUCUGCUGGGUCCAGAAGAACCCAGACGGAAGUUAGUGGAUGGUUCUUCUCCACAAGUUCACAAUGAAGAUACGCGUUUUUCUCCUAAUGCUUGCGGUUUUCUCCCGUGGACUCGCACAGGUUGAAGAAAAUGAAGCAGAUCAGCUGCAGGUCGAGACACUGGCGAAGCCAGAAACUUGCUCCGUUCUCUCCACAGUGGGAGACACGCUGCGAAUCCACUACACGGGUAGGCUGAUGGAUGGGAAGGUGAUCGACUCCUCACUGUCCCGGGACCCUCUCGUUGUCGAGCUGGGGAAGAGGACAGUUAUUCCUGGUCUGGAACAAAGCUUGAUUGGUGUGUGUGAAGGGCAAAAAAUAAAAGCUACCAUUCCUUCUCACCUUGCGUAUGGCAAAAAAGGAUACCCUCCUACAAUUCCAGGUGAUGCAGCUCUGGAAUUUGAGGUGGAGGUGAUUUCUGUGGCCCAGCAGACGCAGUGGCAGAAGAUCAUCAACGACGUUUUCCCCCUGGUGUGUUUGGCCCUGGUGCCCACUCUGCUCGGCCUGGUGGGGCUUUACCUUUACAAAAAGGCCAACGCUCAGAAGCCAAGCAAAAAGAAGUCCAAAGAUAAGAAGAGCAAAAAGAAAUAAGGACUAGGCGGAGAAUUUAAUUUAAAUAAACUUUUUCAAUGAC